CCAUUUUCCAGGCCCUGGAGGCGGAGGAGUGGGCCUGGAGUGUCCGGGGUCAAAGGGUUCUUUCUCGGCGUUCCGCGCCCGGAUCCGCUCGGUCUCCCUUCGCGGCGCGGUCCCCUGUGAGCCCUAUCAGCCCCGCCCGCGGGCGCCUGGACCCCGACCACUGCCUCGCGGACUCGGGGGCGCGACUCUCGCGAGGAAAGAGACAGCAUCUCCGCUUUGGAUUCAGGCACUGGAAGCUCCGGGUCGCUGUGGCCGCGCGGGUCCCUGGGUUCCUGCGCCCUGGCAGGGACCAAAGCACUGUUUUCUGGCUCCAAGGAGGAGGGGACAUGGAAAAAACAAGAAGAACUACAGAGUUACAGAAAACUAUGAUACAGGAAUUAGUGACCUUUGAAGAUGUGGCAGUAUACUUUACCAAAGAGGAGUGGGCUUUGCUGGAUCUUACUCAGAGGGAUCUCUACAGAGAUGUGAUGCUGGAAACCUUCCAGAACCUGGCCUCCCUAGGGUACCAGAUACCCAUGCCUCAGCUGAUCUCCCAGUGGGAAAAAGGGGAGGAUCUGCUGAGAGUAAAGGGAGGACUUAUCCAGGGUACUUGUAUGGGGGAACAAAAGGAAGUUUCAGGUUUUGAGACUCAACUCAAUACUAAUGAAUUAGUUGUGCUUCAAGAUAUUGAGGGAGAGAAAAGAUCCAGGGAACAGAAAAUAGUAAGAUUCAACAGAACAGGAUCCUCUUCCUUUAUUUUACAUAAAAAUUUGGAACCCCAUGAUGUUGAUGAGCAGAGCAGAAGCCAUAAGAAACAUCUGAGUCACACGGUGGAGAAAAUUUAUGAAUGCAAUGAAGAUCAGUGUGAAGAAAUUCCAAAUCUUAAUGUGCUCAGGAGAACUACUGAAGUAAAAUCCUAUGAAUGUCAUGAGUGUGGAAAAGCCUUCAUGUUUCAUUCAUCUCUUAAGAAUCACAUCCGAUCUCAUAGAGGAAGCAAACCCUACCAAUGUCAGGAAUGCGGAAAAGCAUUCUAUUUUCUUGCUUGUUUUAAGAAGCAUAUAAAGACCCCAACUGAAGAGAAGUCCUAUGAAUGUAAGGAAUGUGCCAAGGUCUUCAGUUGUUCCUCAUUCUUUAGGGCACAUGUGAAGAUUCACAAUGGGAAGGCAAACUACAAAUGCAAGGAAUGUGGGAAAACUUUCAGUACUUCUUCAUACUUCAUAGAACAUAAACGAAUUCAUAAUGGAGAUAAGCCUUAUGAAUGUAAGGAAUGCGGGAAGACAUUUAGCUGUUCAUCAUCACUAUCUAAGCACAAAAGAAUUCAUAGUGGGGAUAAGCCAUAUGAAUGUAAGGAAUGUGGGAAGGCUUUUAGUUCUUCCUCUCACCUUAUAAUACAUAUCAGAAUCCACACUGGAGAGAAGCCUUAUGAAUGUAAACAGUGUGGAAAGGCCUUCAGUGAAUCCUCAAAACUUAAUGUACAUGUGAGAACACACACCGGUGAAAAACCUUAUAAAUGUAAGGAAUGUGGGAAAGCCUACAAUUGCCCCUCCUCCUUGAGUGUCCAUAUGAGAAAACACACUGGAGAGAAACCCUAUGAAUGUCUAGAAUGUGGAAAAACUUUCUAUCUUCCCACUUCCCUGAAUACACAUGUAAAAAAUCAAAGCAGAGAGAGACCUUAUGAGUGUAAGGAAUGUGGGAAGGCCUUCAGUUGUCCCUCAUCCUUUAAAGCACACAUGAGAGAUCAUGCUGGAAAGGUUCAAUAUGAGUGUAAGGAAUGUAGGAAGGUCUUUAGUCGUUCCUCAUCCCUCACUGAACACUUGAGAACUCACAGUGGAGAGAAGCCUUAUCAAUGUAAGGAAUGUGGGAAAGCCUAUAUUAGCUCCUCUCAUCUUACAGUUCAUAGAAGAACUCAUACUGGAGAGAAGCCUUAUGAAUGUAAGAAAUGUGGGAAAGCCUUUAUUUAUUUUUCAGCCCUUAGAAUCCAUAUGAGAACACACACUGGGGAAAAACCAUAUGAAUGUAAUGAAUGUGGAAAGGCAUUUCGACAUUCUUCAUACCUUACUGUCCAUGCAAGAAUGCACACUGGAGAAAAACCCUUUGAAUGUCUGGAAUGUGGAAAAGCCUUCAGUUGCCCUUCAUCCUUUCGAAGACAUGUGAGAAGCCACACAGGAGAGAAACCGUAUGAAUGUAAGGAAUGUGGGAAAGCAUUUAUCUGUCCAGCCUACUUUCGAAGACAUGUGAAAAUCCACGCUAGAGAAAACAUAUGAGCAUGUAGAAUAUGGAACGGCCUGAAAGGCUUUUUCGAAUCUUGGGUAACUUGUGAAGUCUCACUGGAGGCAAUGUAUGUGAGAAAGUAGGAGGUGUCAUUCAUUCUUUCAACAAAUUGAAGUUACCUAUAUGAAACCCCAUAUGUAAACCAUGUGGCAAAGACUCCUUGAACAUUGCUUCGCUUAUUGCAUACAAGAAAAUUCAUGCUAGAAAAGAUCACCUCCUUAUUCUUAAAAGUCUGCUGACCUUUUUUUUCACUGUUUUGUAAUGAAAUUAAAGAUGAUAAUUUACCUUUUUAGGUCUAGCCAGAUACUUUUUUAGUAUGAGAUGUUUGUUUUGGCUCACAUACAAGUACUACUCACAGUUUUAUAAAACCUUUUAGAUUUAUUGGUGAUUUGAAAUAUAUACAGUGAGUCCUUGACUUGCAAACAUUUGAAUUUUGCACUUUCACAACUGGCUAAGACUCACUUUGUUAGCCUACAAAUGAAUCCAACUUACGAGCAAUUCUGCUGGAAUUGAACUUGCAAGUCAGGGUCUAACUAUAUGUAUUUUGAGACAGGUUCUUGCUAGCAUUGAAUUCCUGCACGCAAGUAAUCCUCAGCUUUCCAAGUAGCUAGGACUAUAGGCAUAUACCACCACUGUGCCUACCAGAAGGAUAGUUUUUCAUAUGCAGAUAGAAAGGAGUUCUUUUAACAAUUGUUUUCCAAUUCUUACUAUUCUCUAAGUGUACAGUUACACAUUAUAGUGUGGAUGCUUUGAUUCUUAUUGACUUUUUUGUUUGUUUGUUUGUUUGUGAUGGCAGAUACUAGAAGUUGCCUACCCAAUAUUUCUUACUCUUUUUCUUCCUUCUUUAAAAAAAACUCAGAGAGCAUGUAGUUCUUGUUUUGCUUUUGUAGAAA